AGUAUAAAGUUCACAUGUCACGGUAUCAUUACAAAAUGGAUAAUUGGUGCUACAACUAAUACUCAUCCAUUGAUAAUGAUAAGACAUUCUGAUAAUACUACAACCAAUGCAGUAUCAAUAGACACAGACACUAUUCCAUCAGCAAUAGACUCCAACGUGUAUAACAUCACUGUGACUGAUGAGGUCAGAGUGCAACCUGGUGAUGUAUUAAUGAUCAAUAGUACUGGCACUGAUAUGCUCUAUCAACAACACAAUGGACCUUUUAACUACAGACUGGGACCUAACAGUGUACUAACAAGGAUGGAUUCUAAUGAUUAUCCACUCAUCUCUGCUGUAAUAAGGUCAACUAUACCUUUGAUGACUUCUGAUAUGUUCAUGAUAACUUCCUCUUACAGCAAAAGUACAUCUGAAGUCAUUCCUAAAUCAACUAUGAUCAUCAUCACCACGACAACAACUCAGACAGCAUACCACACACUGUCAAGCAGUUUGUCAACACGCAUCAUUCAAACACCAGUCACUAAUGUACCUAUUACCCCAACAACUAUUCCUACAUCAAAUUUUACUCCAACAAAUAUUCCUAGCUCUUCUACAUCUACUGAACCUAUUCUUCCUCCAACAAGUGCUGUACAUAUUUCUGCAACAACUACUAUACCAAAUCCUUCAUCUAUUCCUCCAAGAUCUAAUCUUCCUUCAUCAAGCAUUACUACUAGUACUAAAUCUAUUACUACUACCCACAAGAAAAAACCCACUGUCUCAAUAGUACAUACUAGUCUCAUAACAUCUGUGCUGCUUCAGACAACAGAAGCACUAGUAAGUACUACUAUGGUACAUUCUUCAUCAAAUAAUUCAGCACCACUCCCCACAAUUACAAUUAUUAGAACUUCAACAAAUACACUAACUCCCACUGUACAAGGGAAUGGGACUAAAGACCAUACAUUUACGAUACUAUUAAGCGUUAUUAGUACAGUAUUUAUAUUAUUAGCAGUCGGCAUACUAGUAAUACUAAUUGUUAGUGUAUUAGUCUGCAGGAGACGAAAACAAUUAAUAUUAGAAAUACCAGGAGACGGGAUUAGUGAUUCUCAUUCAAAUCCUGUUUACUCCUUAAACAACAUUACCCCAAAAGAAGAGGAAGAAGUUGGACAUAGCAAUCCAAACUAUCAAAUACAAACCUCACAAGGUGAACAGUUGUAUUAUGAACUAGAAGCGCCAGUAACAAAUGGAAUUCAUAGCGACACGAUUGUUGAUUCCUCAGUGACUAGUAUCACCAAUCCUUAUUAUGACAUCUCCAUUGAAAAAAAGAAAGGAGAUCCAUUGGUACAUGAUGAACCAAAAAUAAAAUCAAAGGGAAAGCAAGAG